UUGGCGGGCCGGCGUGGGAACGAGGCUGGAGGACCUAAGCCGCCGAAGCCGCGCGGACAUCGGAACGGCUAGGGGCGGCUGACGCCAGGACCGGGUCAGUGAGGAGCUUUCGGCCCCAGCCCAGUCUGCUGCUCCCAUCCCGGCCUGAGGCUCGCCUCGCGGGGGUCGCACCCCAGCGAGGUCCCGACGCCCGCCUUCGGGUGGACCCGGCAGGUUUUCUAUCAGAUGUUCCACUGUAAUAAUGCUGGAGUUAAGAAGUUUCCAUUCUUUUGCUCCAAAUCAGAAGACUUUAUUCCCUGCAUACAGAAUUAGAGUGAUGUUGUUUAAAACCAACUGACAACUGGCUGGUGUUUAAAACUGAAGAUUGUCAUGACUGUUUAACCUAAGCUCUAUGCUGAAAUAAGAUUUGUCAUAUGGGAAAUAACUAAUUUGGGGUAACCCAAAGCUAUUUCUGGAACAAUGAAAAUUUUGUUGGUGUUUGACUUCGAUAAUACAAUCAUAGAUGACAAUAGUGACACUUGGAUUGUACAAUGUGCUCCAGACCAAAAGCUUCCUAUUGAACUACAAGAUUCUUAUCAAAAAGGAUUUUGGACAGAAUUUAUGGGCAGAGUCUUUAAGUAUUUGGGAAAUGAAGGUGUAGGAGAAGAUGAAAUGAAAAGAACAAUGCUAUCAAUGCCUUUCACUCCAGGGGUGGUGGAACUUUUCAACUUCAUAAGAGAGAAUAAGGAUAAAUUUGAUUGCAUCAUUAUUUCAGAUUCAAAUUCAGUCUUCAUAGAUUGGAUUUUAGAAGCUGCUGAUUUCCAUGAUGUGUUUGAUAAUGUGUUUACAAAUCCAGCAGCUUUUGAUAGCAAUGGUCAUCUCACUGUGGAAAAUUAUCAUGCCCAUUCUUGUGAUAGGUGCCCAAAGAAUCUUUGCAAAAAUGUAGUUUUGGUAGAAUUUGUGGAUAAACAGUUAAAACAGGGAGUGAAUUAUACACAGAUUGUUUAUGUAGGUGAUGGUGGGAAUGACCUCUGUCCAGUAACCUUUUUAAAGAAGGAUGAUAUUGCCAUGCCACGGAAAGGGUAUACUUUACAUAAAACUCUUUCCAAAAUGUCUCAAAAUCUUCAGCCCGUAGAAUCUUCUGUUGUAAUUUGGUCUUCAGGUGUCGAAAUAAUUUCUCAUUUACAGUCUCUAAUAAAGGAGUAAU